UGGUAGCUGCAUAUCAAGAGGGAACUCAAGGGAGGCAUUUUGAGUUGAUGUGGGGCUGUCUAGUGGCAACGGCCCAAUAGUGUUCUGGAGUGGAGGAACCAUGUGCGUGUAACCAUACAGAAGGUAGCAUAAUAUUUUUUUUGUCAACAAAUAGUCAUACGAGACUUCUUUUUUUAUACUCUUUUCUCUUCCAAGCAAAAAUGUUCCAAGGUGCCAAAGAACUUCGCGUUUAUAUUGAAAACACUGAAAAGCCAACACUGAAUGAGUUUGCAGCAACUCACGCGCAAAUUAUUACCAGCACUGAGCAUACUCUGAAGCGAUUGAUUAACCUAUGGAAGGUGCGCUUUUCUUUUAUCGUAAAGAGAUACAGGCCAACACUUUCAGUAAAGGAGCUGAUCACAGUCGACCACGCGAUCUGGAAACAGUUCGAUUCAAGCACAGCUGAGCUAUCAAGAUCCUUGCUUUUUCAAUGGUAUUUUCUUCUGCAAGACAAAAGCGAUUAUCUUGAUACUUAUUUGAAACAAAACGACCUUGCAAUUGAGCGCAUACGGAGGAAAUCCAAUGACAGAAUACCUGAUGCUCUAGAAAAACUGAGUGUUUCGCUUCUCGAGAAUUUCGACUUAAUUAGUAAUACAGAGAAGAAUGUGCUGAAGAUGUCAUUGUCAUAUAUUGUUGAUCUCAUUGAUGACGAUAUAGCAAAAAUCUAUCGACGUUUCAUACCAGAGUACUAUUUUGACCUAUGGCAACAAAAAGAAGCAGCAAUGCAAAUUGAAGGAAAUGAACGAGAAAUAAUUGAAUCUACAGUCGAUGAAUUUAUUAGCCAGUUUUCCACAAGCAUCAAGUCGGCUAAAAGAUUUGUUCUUCAGCAACAAAUUGAGCUACUAGAUAAUGAAAAUGCAACAAAAAAGAAAGUAGUCAACAUGCUGCAACAAAUAGUUAUGUUAUUGGAAAGAGAUGAACAAAAAAUGCAAAAAGCUGAUUAUGUUGGAUUUGUGAAGCAGCUCUUAUUAGAUGUUUUUAAAGGCACGCCACUGGUUGCUGUCAUUGGUGAAACAGGCGCCAAAUGUACUGUUGACGUCCAAAAAUAUAACGCUAAUAAUUUCCUUGGUGCUGCCAACAGUACGCACAUUGUCUCCAGCUCGCCCAUCUCAUCAUCUUCAACCAAUGCUGAUACAAGUUCGUGCAAGUUAAGAAAAAUACAUCCUAGAAAGAUUGACUUGCGUAUCAUUGGCGAGAAACAGCAGGAGAUUGCCUUCUGUGAGUUCAAAACUCACAAUGCUGGAAAAGACCUUUUGCAACACCAAGAAUCAAAAGCAAUUCGACUCAACCAAUGCAUCAUCAAGAAGCAUGGGCUUGUCAACCCAAUUACCUCAAUCAAUUGGAAGGGAUGGCAUGGCACCAUGUACCAAAUUGUCGGUUGCGAUGGCUUUUGUUUAGCAACAAAGUUAUGUGAUGUCUUGAUUCCUAGCGAUCGAAGACUAGUUGAUUCCAGAAUCAAGUCAUUGGUACUAUCGCUCUUCUCCUGGAAGUCAAUGUUGUGCUCCCUGAACGAUGAGGUGUCUAAAAAAAUUAAUGAAGUUGGUGUAAAGAGAAAGAUGUACGAAGACAUGCCCCAUACACUCCUAUCACCAAAGCAUCCGUCAUCCUUACAAUGAAUAUUUUUAUAUCAAAUACUAAGAAUAGAAGCAGACACAAGAUGAACGCCUAUCUUAUCGUCAUAGCUUUUGAUUC